AUGGUUUCUGGAGGAGCCCAUUCGCUGAGGAUAUCCAACGGGGAAACUGCCUAUAUAAAUGACCAUGUCUAUGUGUCUCCCCCGUGGCCUCAGCGCGACGGUAUUCCGUACAACAUUGCUCGUAUCAUGGAAUUCCUUCCUGACGAAGGAACAACCCGUACGAGAGGAAAAGGACGAGAAAUUAUUACUCGUGUACGAUUGGCUUGGUACUAUCGUCCUAGUGACCUAAACGAUCGUCCAAGCGCGGAUCCGCGCUUGCUCUUGGCUGCUAUCUUUUCAGAAGUUCAACCUGUCUCGCACUUGCGGGCCAGAUGCUAUGUCCGGCAUAAGGACAAAAUAUCUGACCUUCAAGCCUGGAAGAAAAAACCCGACCAUUUCUAUUUUCAAAGGGUGUUUGAUCCAUACAUCCGUAAAGAGUUUGAUGUGCUGCGUUCGGCGGACGUUACCAACCUGCCCGCUAAUAUUCGAGAAAUAUUGCAAUCGCGAUAUGAAUUUGUAGUCGCAGAGAGGGACGUGAUUGGAGAUUUAACCGACAAUCUGCGCCUUUGUGAAACUUGUGAAAAGUGGGCACCUUCCCAAGAUUCAGUUCGAUCAAAACCUGCCAAGGGGUAUGGGUGGACGUGUGGUGCUUGUUCAAGGCAUCAUGAUGAACAUGUUCAACCUGGGGGGCGACACUCCACCCCUGUCACUAAAUCAAGAGUCUCAAAGGUCGCUGUGAAGUCUCGGGGUUUAGCAGGUCUCAGUACUAACCUUCCACAUCGGGAUAUCAACUCGGAGGAUAGAUACUUCAAAAUGUGGCCGUUCAGAUAUUUUGGUUUAUAUACUGUGGCCGAAGAUACACUUGACCCCGAUGAUCUCAUCUUUCCAAAGGCCGCUACCAGGGUGGGAGCGCGGUAUCAGGCAGUCGUAGGACCCUGGGUAGCCCCAGACACCAAUGCCUCCCCACAGCCCAGUCAGAUCCCGGAUGGUGUUCCGGAAAGGGGUGGCGAUGACACUAUCGAGAUGAUGAGUGUUAUUGUCUCAAUGAGCGAAGAAGAACAGGCUGCAUUUAAUACUUUCCAUCAAAAUCUCUGGUCCAAGCCGGCUGCGCGUAAUGGCGUUGACUUUUUAGAGGAAUCAGCACGUCGCUAUAGCUUGCAAUAUCUCGACAUCACGCAGAAAUUUAACAGCACAACCCGUCCCCGAAAGUGGCAGGCAAAAGAUACCAGGUUUUGGGAUAAAGAUUGGACCCAAGAUGAAAUUGAACAGUUUGAAAAUGGUAUCAAGCAACAUGGUCCCGAGAUGCGAGCCAUCAAGGAUGGGAUCAAAACCCGCUCUAUAUACGAGGUGGUACGGUUCUAUGGGCGCUGGAAAAACGACCGCCUAAGGGAAGAGAAUCGACAAUCGAAAACCAAUACUUUAACCGGCAAAAGCAUUUCGUUGAAGCGAAGUCGCUCACCCAGUAGUGACGAUGAGAGCUCUGUUUAUGGGUUCGGAGGUGAUGUUCCUAGGCAGGUCUGUGGGGCAUGUCGUUCCAAAGAGUCCGCCGUAUGGUGGAAAGCUCCUCGGGGUCUACCAACAGAAGUGAUGUGUGAUCAGUGCGGUAUAUCCUGGCGUAAAUACGGGGACAUUCGGUCUGGCAGAAUAGAAGAGCCUAAAAAGAGCAACGGGAUUGAUAAGCGGGAAAACACACCUCAACCGCCCGUAAAACGAACAAAGGUAUCCAUGUCUCGGGGCCCUUCUCCCCCACUUGCACCCCGACAGCAUAUAUGUUGUUGUUGCAAAAAAAGUGGACCGGUUGGGAGGGUGGUGCAGUGCACGCAAUGCGGUGUCCAAGUCCAUGCAGCUGUGUACGGGGUUACUGAGGAGGACGCGAUGGCUGAAAUAUGGCUAUGCGAGCUAUGUCAGAACGAGAAGUCGCAGGAGUCGUCAUUGAAUCCAAACUGUUUACUCUGUCCGAGAACUUCAAAUGACAACCUUCAGAGCAAGCAGAGUGCAGUAGCGAGUACUAUACUGAGACUUUCUAAGCCGACGGAGGGCCGUGGAUGGGUGCAUACCCUUUGUUCUGUUUUUGUCCCUGAGACAUCCUUUACCGAUGCGACUCGGCUUCGAUUAGUAGAGGGGAUAAGUUCGGUAUCGGAUGCACGGUGGGCAUCAGAAGGUGGUGCAGUGGUCAGCUGCGCAUCAGGAUGUGGGACGCAAUUUCAUGUUUCCUGUGCUUGGAUGGCUGGCCAUGCAUUUGGGUUCGAGAUUCGGCAAUCCAAGAACAUUCGCCGUGACCCAGCUACCAUUGUUGAAUUUCGGGGCGAGGUAGGUGUGAUGAAAGCCUCGAUUCGCUGCAAGACCCAUUCGGCUUCUCUGAGACCUUCGUUUGAUAUAUGUUCGCUAAACACAAAUGGCGAGUCGGCACUUCAGCUUUACUGCCGAACAUAUAAACAGGUUUCCAUCUCACAUUCUUAUGGGCUCUUGCGAAAAGCAAAACGAUUGGACACACUGCUUCGCGCUCAGGGUUUCCUACCUGCAAUCUCAUCCAUUGGAGACCCAUUAAGUCCUCUGAACUUGGCCAGCAACUGCAGGUCCUGCGGUACGAAUGACUCUCCUUGCUUUUGGACCUUAGAUGGCCAAACCAUCGUAGAUCCAGAUGGAGCCUCAGAUGUUUUAUGCAACUUGUGCAGGUCAGGCCCCCUAUCUCGUGGAUUGGCAGGCGUGGCAGAGGCAGUUACAGAUAUUGGUAGCGAGGAUAUUCGAUUGGAGAAAAUAGCUGCUGCACACGCCACUCCAGUUCAAGCUCGAUAA